GAGUGGUUCUACGUGGACAUGCACGGGGAGGUGCAGGGCCCCUUCAGCUCGCAGAAGAUGCAGCGCUGGUGGACCAACCCCCUCUACAAGGACCACUUCUCCUCGCUCAAGUGCCGCAGAGGUCACCAUGGUGAAUUCCGCCUGCUGCCUGAAAUAGCGGAGGAAGUGGCCGCUAAAGGACCUCCUCCGGAAUCACCCAAGCAACUUGGGUACAAAGAGCUGAUUAACCUGGGGAAGAACCGGGAGAGUGAGCGGUACGUGCGGUCGGGGUCCCGCAAGGAGGAGAGCGACCUGGCGAAGGAGGUGGAGGACUUGAAGCAGCAGGUGGAGAGGCUGGAGGUGGAGAACGAGGGGCUGCGCAACUCGCAGGAAGACACCUUCAUUCUGCGCAUGCAAGUGGAGCGUCUGCUACGAGAGAAGGCAGAGCUGGCCCGGGAGGUGACUAUGCUGAAGCGCGAGAAGGAGAGUCUGCAGGAGCUGCUGCAGUAUGCACAGCAGUUUGACAUCGCGGACGAGGGUGUGGCAGACGAGCUCAUUGCCGGGGAGGAGGAGUGGGUGGGGGAGCAAGGGCUGGGCGGGUCAGACAGGGCAACAGAAGAGUGGUUUGAAGAGUUGAGGGUUGCCUCUCAAACGGUGCAGAGUGGUUUGGAGGAUGCUCAGGCUUAGAGUAAGUUGGGUGGGGGAAAAAGAGGGAUGGAUCGGUUAAGGGAGAGGAGGAGAGUCUGCAGGAGGUGCCUCCAGUGCGCGCAGCAGACUUUUGAAUCGACUUCAAAGUCAGCUUGUCGGGGGGAGCUGAUGCAGUACGCACAGCAGUCAGACAUUGCGAAUGAAGGUGGGGGGAGGAGUGGGGGGAGAGCAGGGGUUUGGGAGUGGGUCAAAACAAGCAACGGAGGAGUGGUUUGAAGAGCUGAGAGCUGCAUCUCAAACGGUGCAGAGUGGUUUGGAGGAGGCUCAGGCGUAGACUAUGUGGGUGGGGGGUCGGAUCAAGCCACGGAGUGGUUUGAAGGGCUGAGAGCUGUGUCCCAAACGGUGCAGAGUGGUUUGGAAGAUGCUCAGGCUUAGAGUGUGUCAGGGAAGGAGAGAGAGGGAUGGAUCAAGCAGCAGGGUGGGGAAGGAGGAUGCACGCGUUGGCGGGAGCUGCCUGGAGCAGCAGGCACAGCCAAAGGCACAGCAGGGUGGCUCUACCCGUAGUGUAUGAGCUUCUGUAGGCGGGCGACGCAGCAGCAGCUGCAGCAGUGUAGCGCAUCAGCCUAUGGGAUGCUUUAGUCAGCUUUAGUCAGCUGGGAUGCAUUAGUCAGCUGGGACUGGGAUGCUGUAGUCAGCUUUAGUCAGCUGGGAGGGAUGCAUUAGUCAGCUGGGCCUGGGAUGCUUUAGUCAGCUUUUCUCGCCAGCUUAGGCAAUCUGGUUGCAAUCAAGAGGAGCUUUCAGAUGCCUUGUGUGGUAGCCGCUGCAAGUUUUCUCACCAGAUUUUACGUACGGUAGUUGUAGCUAGGCUUGAUUUUAUAUCACUGGAAUAUUGUUAUAGCUUUCCAUUCUAUGAU